GGGCGCGCCUGGACCGCUGUCCCGAGCGCGUCCCGGGCCGCGGGAGCGGAGGGGCAGGCUCGGGCAGCUCCCGGGCUCCUCCGGCGGCGGCGAGAAAACGUGAGAAAUAACUAGGAGGGGCCGCUCGGCGUCUCCUGGGUUCAAUCCGGUUUCAGGAGAGAACACGCUCCCGGGCAGACGAGCCCGAGAGGGCCCAAAGCAGCUUCAGGACGAGCAGCGGCGAGAAGAGCGCCCGCGCCCUCGCUGUCCGCCGCGCCGCCGCGAUGGCCAAGGCCGGGCCCCGGAGCCCGCUGCGCGGAGCCCUCUGCGGGCCGCUGCUGCUGAGCCUCUGGUUCUUCAGUUUUACUGGUGAAGCCUGUAAAAAUGUGAUGUUAAAUGUACCUUCUAAACUAGAGGCAGACAAACUGAUUGGCAGAGUUAACUGGAAAGAGUGCUUCAGGUCUGCAGACCUCAUCCGGUCACGUGAUCCCGAUUUCCGCGUUCUACGGGACGGGUCAGUGUACACAGCCAGAGCUGUUGUGCUGUCUCAUGAGAGAAGAACAUUCACCAUACAGCUUUCUGAUACGGAGACACAGACACAGAAAGAGCUAACUGUGGUCCUGGAACACCAGAAGAAGAUAUUGAAGAAAAGAAACAUUAAAGAAACUGUUCUCAGGAGAUCCAAGAGGAGAUGGGCACCUAUUCCUUGUUCGAUGCAAGAGAAUUCCUUGGGCCCUUUCCCUUUGCUUCUUCAACAAGUUCAAUCUGAUGCAGCCCAGAACUAUACUGUCUUCUACUCAAUAAGUGGACGUGGUGUUGACCAAGAACCUUUAAAUUUGUUUUUCAUAGAAAGAGACACUGGAAAUCUGUAUUGUACUCGGCCUGUGGAUCGUGAGGAAUAUGAUGUUUUUGAUUUGAUUGCCUAUGCAUCCACUGCUGAUGGGUAUUCAGCAGAUUUACCUCUUCCACUGCCCAUCAGAGUAGAGGAUGAAAAUGAUAACCAUCCUGUCUUCACAGAAGCAAUUUUUAAUUUUGAAGUUCCAGAAAGUAGUAGACUUGGAACUACAGUGGGAGUGGUUUGUGCCACAGAUAGAGAUGAACCAGACACGAUGCACACACGCUUGAAGUACAGCAUUUUGGAGCAGACACCAAGGUCACCGGGGCUCUUUUCUGUGCAGCCCAACACGGGCGUAAUCACCACAGUCUCUCAUUACCUGGACAGAGAGGUUGUGGAUAAGUAUACAUUGAUAAUGAAAGUUCAAGACAUGGAUGGUCAAUUUUUUGGAUUGGCGGGUACAUCAACUUGUAUUAUAACAGUGAAGGAUUCAAAUGACAAUGCACCCACAUUUAGACAAAAUGCUUACGAAACAUCAGUAGAGGAAAAUGCAUAUAAUGUGGAAAUCUUACGAAUUCCUAUAGAAGAUAAGGAUUUAAUAAACACUGCCAAUUGGAGGGCCAAUUUUACCAUUUUAAAGGGAAAUGAAAAUGGACACUUCAAAAUUAGCACAGAGAAAGCAACUAAUGAAGGUAUUUUGUAUGUUGUAAAGCCACUGAAUUAUGAAGAAAACCGUCAAGUGAUCCUAGAAAUUGGUGUAAACAACGAAGCUCCAUUUACUAGAGAAGUAACCAGAGUGACAUCCAUGAACCGAGCCUUGGUUACAGUUCAUGUGAGGGAUCAGGAUGAGGGGCCCGAAUGUGAUCCUGCAGCUCAAUAUGUGCGGAUUAAGGAAAACUCAGCAGUGGGGUUAAAGGUCAAUGGUUAUAAGGCAUAUGACCCUGAAACUAAAAAUAGCAAUGGUCUAAGAUACAAAAAAUUGCAUGAUCCUAAAGAGUGGAUAAAAAUUGAUGAAACUUCAGGGUUAGUCACACUUUCCAAAAUUCUGGACAGAGAAGCUGCAGCUCCCAAGAAUGACUUAUAUAAUAUCACAGUCCUGGCAACAGACCAAGAUGGUAGAUCAUGUACUGGAACCCUUGCAGUAAAUAUUGAAGAUGUGAAUGAUAACGCGCCAGAUAUACUUCAGGAUUAUGUCGUCAUUUGCAAACAAAAGAUGACGUACACUGACAUUUCAGCUCUUGACCCCGAUGAACCUGCCCACGGAGCGCCAUUUCAUUUCAGCUUGGCAAGCCCCUCUCCAGAAGUCAAUAAAAUAUGGACCCUCAACAGAGUUAACGAUACAGCUGCCCGUCUGUCAUAUCACAAAAACGCUCAACUUCAAGAAUAUACAAUUCCUAUUACUGUGAAAGAUAGAGGAGGCCAAUCUGCAACCAAAACAUUGAGAGUCAACCUGUGUGAUUGCAAUUUCCCGAGUCAGUGCAUCUCAAAGGCAAGGAGCUCAGGAGUGGUGCUGGGAAAGUGGGCCAUCCUCGCCAUACUACUGGGCAUAGCACUGCUGCUCUCUGUCCUGCUAACUUUAGUAUGUGGAGUUGUUAGUGCCAGAAAAGGAAAAAAAUUUCCUGAAGAUUUAGCACAGCAAAACUUAAUUAUAUCAAAUACAGAAGCACCUGGAGAUGACAGAGUGUGUUCUGCCAAUGGAUUCACAACCCAGACUGCCAACAACUGUAGCCAACGCUUUUGUGGCACAAUGGGAUCGGGAAUCAGAAAUGGUGGGCAAGAGACCAUAGAACUGGUGAAGGGAGGACAGCAGACCUUGGACUCCUGCCGGGGUGCUGGGCACCACCACACCGUGGACCCCUGCAGGGGAGGACACGUGGAGAUGGACAACUGUCGCUACACCUACUCCGAGUGGCACAAUUUCACCCAGCCCCGACUCGGUGAAAAGUUGCAUGUGUGUAACCAGAACGAAGAACAGGUGCCGUCACAAGACUAUGUGCUCACAUACAGCUAUGAAGGAAGGGGGUCUCCAGCCGGCUCUGUAGGCUGCUGCAGUGAAAAACAGGAAGAAGAUGGACUUGACUUUUUAAAUAAUUUGGAACCCAAAUUUCUUACAUUAGCAGAAACAUGCACAAAGAGAUAAUGUCACAGCUGCUACAGUUAGACACGUCCUUGCCAGUCGUUCUGGAGGUUUCCUCCAAAACUGAUAUUGUGAAAUUCAAUUACACCUUGUAUACAGAUGGUCCCUGACUUAAGAUGGGUUGACUAAUGACACUUUGUUUUUACUGUAGUGUGAAAAGGAUACACAUGCAGGAGAAACUAAUUUGAAUCUUGAGUUUGGGUCUUUUCCUGGGCUAGUGAUGUGCUGUGUAAUAUUCUCUUGCAAAGCUACUGGAGCUACAUCUCCCAGUCAGCCAUGGGGUCAUGAGGGGAAACAAUUUAUACCCUACAGUGUACUAUAUGGCUAAGCUAUGAUGUUCAGUAGGUUAAUUUUAUUAAGUCUGUUUUCAGUUUAUCAGCAUUUUAAAUUUAUGAGUGUUUUCAUGGGACAUAACCCCAUUAUAAGUAGAGGAGCAUCUGUAUACAGAAUAAAUUUUUCUAAAUUUGUAAUCAUGCCAUUUGCCAAUUUGUGUAUUAAAUUUUUUUGCUUAUCUUUUACAGUAAGUCAAAAUAUUAAAAUAGACAAGUAGCAAAUUCCAUCCCAUAGUACUAGAAUUAGGGUCCAAAAAGGAUCUGCUCUCCUUUACAGAUAUUUUUCUUAUAUGUUGGGUAAAUACCAGUCCAAAAAUAGCUUAGCCAUGGUAAUAGCUCACUAUGAUACACACACUUCAAGUGCCAGUUAUAAAACAGAUAAAAAAUAUUAAGUACCACUAUUUGAAGACAGUUUUAGGAAAGAAAAUAUUUGAGACUAAAGUAAAUAAAAAAUUUUGCCGUUCUGAAGAAUUGAUACCAGCCCUAGACCCAACCCCACUAUCAAAUUCUUCAUUUGACUUUGAAAGCAAAAUUUCUAUAGGAACAGUAUUGGAAUUGAAUGUAUAUGUUACCUUAUUGUAUAAUUGUAAAAUUACUCUACUAGUGUAUAAAAUUAUUAAUCAGUAGCAUUGGAAAUGAAAUGAAAACAAAGAGGAAAAUGGCAUAAUUUAAAAUGAGCCUGGGUGUGGUUUAUCCUAUAGUAGAAAUCCAGGGUUUAGGAAAGACAAAGCUUCCUGUGCCUAGUUCUCAUGUACUGCAUCAUAACUGAACUCAUCAGGAAGUAGUCUGUGUCCCUGGGAAACAAUUUACACUUUUCUGUUGUAAGUGGGAAAGAAAUAGGAAACCAGAUGAAGCAGUAGAUUUGCUUUGCAGUCUAUUUAAGGAUUUUUAGGUCCACAAAUUAGAAGCAAACUGGGGGAAUACACAUUACAGAUAGGACUCCUUGCUUCCUGAGGGCAAAGUUCCAGAAAUGAGGUGUUUUCCUUGGGAGCUAAUAGUAAAAACUUAAAAAAAAACUUACAUCUGUUGAAAUUAAAUCCUCUAUUUCCAUUUUUUUUCUCUCUCCUAUAUAUAACAUGUUUUUAAAAUUUAGAGCCAAAUAACCAUGGCAUCUCAGUCAGUAUACAGGCUACACGGGGCAGGGAGGUGAACUGUACUGAAACUUUUGAGUAUGGAGUGACUGUCCUUAGGCUGAAGUCCACAGAUUGACCCUGCUCACAUUGUGUUGUAAUCAGAAGCUGGCAACUGCAGGUCUUUUCUCUACUCACUGCCCUGUUGGAAAGCCAGUCUUGUUGGCCUCCUCCUUUCAUCUCCUUGUCAGCAUUGUCACAAGAACCCCAGCAGUGAUUCACUUAGGUGCCAAAUAUGCCAGAUGUUCUAAAGUCCUGCAAUGUGAAUUAAUUCUUGUCAGUUUGCCUUGUUAUGUGGAAUUUUAAAGUUAAGAGAAGUAAUAGGAAUUUAAAAUGCAUGAAAGAACAUGAGGAGAGGACAAGCCUAAGAGAUUAGAUCAUCAUUUUGGAAGAGGGCAAGCUCACCUGGGGUAUUGGGACAGUCAAGGAGUGACAUGAAGACUCAGGUGUUAAAGGGCAAGGAGAGAAGCCCAUGAGGGAAGUGGGUGGUGGCGAGGACAAUGUUGCCCCUGCUUCAUAUUUUGUAGGCCUGGCCCUUCCUUGGCCUUCCUUUCUUAAGGCAGUGCAGAUGUCCCUGGAUUUGGGGGAGCACCACCCAACCCCUGCCCUCUGCCUCUCCUUAUUUGGAAUGUGGAAUCAGGGAAAGGGCUGGCUGCAUGAAGAGUCUAAGGCACUCAGGAUGGGCCUGAACUGGUCAUACAGCGAAACAAAGCAUUCAUGAGGAAAGCUUCACUCCUUCUGUAGCCCUUCAGGCACUAAGAAAGUCUUCAAUUAAAUGUGUAUGUAAAAUUCUGACCGGAUUCUACAUUUUCUGUUUUUUCCUUUUUCCUAAAAUCUAGGGAUUUUUUUCAGACUUCUACACUUAAAAGUGAUUUUCUUUUGAAAUUCUUCUAAUUUUCAAGUAAUAAUUUUAACAUGUAGUAUUGUUUGUUCCUCAUAUGUAUAAGGUGAAAAUUAUGUAAUUUUAGUGUGUAAGAACAUGUCUUUUUAAAGCUUUCAAUUUUUUAUUCCCGUGAAUGGUCUUGGGGUUUUAUAGCUAAAUGUACAGGUUUUUUUUCUUACAUUUAUAAAGAAGGAGUUAAGUGUCUAAAAUGUAGUAGAAUUUGUUUUUCAGUGUUUUACACAGAGCUUUGAUUUGCCAUUGAAGAAGUUUCUUUGAAGAUUAAAAUAAGCAAAAAAAUUUGUGUGCAAAGUAAUGCACAUAUAGAAUAUAAUAAAACAAUGUUAACUUGG